GUUGCUCCGGAGGCGUGACGUCACAGCCAUAGGGCGACGCCGGGCUUACGCCGCUGACGUAGCGGCGUCGCUCGCUCUCAGGGAGGAGAAGGCAGAAAGAGGUUUAAAGAGACAACAGCAAAUGGAGGGGCUUCGGGGCAGCAGGGCGAGGCCUGCCCGAUUCUGAGGAGCCCCGGGCCCCGAGAAGGAAGGCAGGCCGGCCUCGAAGCGCCCCGAGAGAGUAAAAAGAAGUAGAGAAUUAGGACCAGAGAUCUACCAAACCUCUAUAUAGCAUAUUGCUUGUCGUGAAAGCCGAAACCUCCCAAAUUCGGUCCCCGCCUUAUUUCCAUCCGUCUGGAACAAACAGAGGCUGCUUUCAGGGAAAGUGUUAAGUUUGGAAGCAACUCUCCGCUGCAGGACGCCUUCUUCUUCCACCGUCAUGGCUUCUCCAUCGAGGGACUGUUCGGAGGGACGGCGUGGGACCCCAGCGGACGCGGCGAGGGGGCAGCCGUUCCACUAGCCGGUGGAGACCCCCCCCCCUCCUCUCUCACGAUGGUUUAUUGACACCCGCGGUGGCUUAUUCUCAACCAAGAAGAUCCCUGCCUUUUUGACCGCCCACCCCGGUCCCCCCCCUCCCCCCCGUGAUCCCUUUCCAUCCGCCUCGGGAUUUGUAUGGCAGCGGCGUAACCGUGGAGAGGCCGGGGUACCACAAACUUAUGGAUUUUGAUAAGAGAGGAGGAGGCGGGAAAGGGGACAGCGAGGAAGGCCGGAGGAUGUCUAAAGCGGGUGGGGGACGCAACGCGCACGGGGGCCGGACAGCGGGGACCAACUCGGGGGUCUUGAUGGUCGGGCCAAACUUCCGGGUCGGGAAGAAGAUCGGAUGCGGGAACUUCGGAGAGCUUCGGCUAGGGAAGAAUCUCUAUACGAACGAAUACGUCGCCAUCAAGUUGGAACCUAUCAAAUCCAGAGCCCCUCAGCUUCAUCUGGAGUACCGAUUCUACAAACAGCUUGGCAAUGCAGAAGGGAUCCCUCAGGUCUACUACUUCGGCCCUUGCGGGAAGUACAACGCCAUGGUGCUGGAGCUACUGGGCCCCAGUUUGGAGGACCUCUUUGACCUCUGCGACCGGACCUUCAGCCUCAAGACGGUCCUCAUGAUCGCCAUCCAGCUGAUCACACGGAUGGAAUAUGUUCACACCAAAAGCCUGAUCUACCGCGACGUCAAGCCGGAGAACUUCCUAGUGGGGCGCCCCGGGAGCAAGCGCCAGCACACCAUCCACAUCAUUGACUUCGGCCUGGCCAAAGAGUACAUCGACCCCGAGACCAAAAAACACAUCCCGUACCGGGAGCACAAGAGCCUCACGGGGACCGCGCGGUACAUGAGCAUCAACACCCACCUGGGGAAAGAACAAAGCCGCAGAGACGACCUGGAAGCGCUGGGUCACAUGUUCAUGUACUUCCUCCGGGGGAGUUUGCCUUGGCAAGGCCUCAAGGCCGACACGCUGAAGGAGCGCUACCAGAAAAUCGGUGACACCAAGAGAGCCACGCCGGUGGAGGUGCUGUGCGAAAACUUCCCUGAGGAGAUGGCCACGUACCUGCGCUACGUGCGGCGCCUGGACUUCUUUGAGAAGCCAGACUACGACUAUCUGAGGAAGCUCUUCACCGACCUGUUUGACCGGAACGGCUUCGUCUUCGAUUAUGAAUACGACUGGGCCGGGAAGCCCUUACCGACCCCCAUCGGCACAAUCCAGAGCGACGUCCAAGCCCAGGCCCCGAACCGGGAGAAAGCGCAGCAGUACAUCAAGCAGCAGGUCAUGAGUUCGACUAACGGGGAGCUGAACACGGACGAUCCCACGGCCGGCCACUCCAACGCCCCAAUCACAGCUCCGGCCGAAGUGGAGGUGGCCGACGACACAAAGUGCUGCUGUUUCUUCAAGAGGAGGAAGAGGAAAACCAGCCAGCGCCACAAGUGAGGCCGCGUUCCCCGCUUGGGACGUUUGGGGACGGCCUUCUCGCCGCCCGCCCAUGGAUGAUGGGUCUCGAAACACUCUCACUCUCACACACGCUUCUGGGCCCCGCUUUGCCCCCCGAAGCAGGCCGAGGCCGCUUGGACUCCAUCGAGAGACCCCCGCGGGGCGCCUGGGACGUCUGUGGCCCCGCGGCGGAAAGGCGGCCGUUCUCCGACUCUUUCCAGUCUCCUCCUCCUCUCCGUUUCGGGAAUCAAAGAAGGAAAAGAAGCCGGUGAUUCGAAGGAACAGAGAAUUAUUUUCGCCCUUUCCCCCUCCCUUUGGCUUCCGUGUCUGUUUUAAGUUAAUUUUUUUAAUAUCCGCUUCUUUUUCCGGGGGAGUCGGUGAACAAGGAGGCUGAUGAGGCGGAGAGUGAUGAGGAGGAGGAUUUAUUUUUCUAAACGGGGAGAGCCGGUGUCUCCCUCCCCCCGGGUUGAUCAGUGCACUUUUGGGUCGCAAUACAUGCAAACGCCGGUGUGUCACGAAAUCGUCCCCGUUCUUUUUGUUAGACACUGUUAUUUUCGCGUGUCCGAACGAGACGAGGAUAAAUUUAAGGUGAGAAGGAGAAAAGCCUACGAUCUCAGGAACCGGCUGCCGGGCAAAACGAGGACCUUCUCUCCUUUUUCUUUCACCCUUCCCUCCCUCCCUUCUUUCCCACAUUCCCCUCUUCCUUUCCUUUCUAUUCCCUUCCUCCAUUUCUCUUUUUUUCUCUUUCUUUCUUUCUUGAUGCCGGGAGGAGGGCGAGGUGUUUCCGAGAGCACUCUGGAGGGCUCUCAGCCGCUGCGUGCCUUCCUCAGGCCAUCCUCUUGGCAUUAGGAUGGGCCUACUCGCACCAUCCUUAUACCGGGAGGAGGGCAAGGCUGUGGCUGAGACACCUUCAGGAUGUCCUCUCGCCAUUAUGCAGGGAGGAGGACGAGACACGAGACAGCCGAGAGCACUCUGGACUUCUCUUAGCUGCUGCGUGCCAUCUUCUCGGCAUAAGGAUGGGACUACUCACACCAUCCUUAUACCGGGAGGAGGGCAAGGCUGUGGCUGAGACAUCUUCAGGAUGUCCUCUUGCCAUUAUGCAGGGAGGAGGACAAGACACGAGACAGCCGAGAGCACUCUGGAGGGCUCUUAGCCGUUGUGUGCCAUCCUCUCGGCAUAAGGAUGGGACUACUCAAACCAUCCUUAUACUAGGAGAGCAAGGCUGUGGCUGAGACAUCUUCAGGAUGUCCUCUUGCCAUUAUGCAGGGAGGAGGACGAGACACGAGACAGCCGAGAGCACUCUGGAGGGCUCUUAGCCACUGCGUACCAUCCUCUCGGUAUAAGGACGGGGCCACUCACACCGUCUUUACACCAGGAGGAAGGUGAGACAUGCUGUGGCUGAGAAAUCUUUGGGAUGUCCUCGGCAUUAUGCCGGGGGGAGGGCAAGGUGUCGCCGAGAGCACUCUGGAGGACUCUCAGCCUCUGCAUGCCUUCCUCAGGCCAUCCUCUCAGCAUUAGGAUGGGGCUACUCACACUGGGAGGAGGGCAAGACAUGCUGUGGGUGAGAAAUCUUCAGGAUGUCCUCUCGCCAUUAUGCAGGGAGGAGGACGAGACACGAGACAGCCGAGAGAGCUCUGGAGGGCUCUCAGCCGUUGCGUACCAUCUUCUCGGUAUAAGGACGGGGCUAUUCACACCAUCCUCAUACCUGGAGGAAGGUGAGACAUGCUGUGGCUGAGACAUCUUUGGGAUGUCCUCGGCAUUAUGCUGGGAGGAGGGCAAGGUGUCGCCAAGAGCACUCUGGAGGGCUCUUAGCCACUGCGUGCCAUCCUCUCAGCAUAAGGAUGGGACUACUCACACCAUCCUUAUACUAGGAGGAAGGUGAGACAUGCUGUGGCUGAGAUACCUUCGGGCUGUCCUCUCGGCAUUAUACCGGGAGGAGCGUGAGAUGUCGUCAAGAGCACUCUGGAGCUCUUAGCCGCUGCGUGCCUUCCUCGGGCCAUCCUCUCGGCAUUAGGAUGGGGCUACUCAUACCGUCCUUAUACUGGGAGGAGAGCAAGACAUGCUGUGGCUGGACAUCUUCAGGAUAUCCUCUCGCCAUUAUGCAGGGAGGAGGGUGAGGUGUCGCGGAGAGCACUCUGGAGGGCUCUUAGCUGCUGCGUACCAUCUUCUCGGUAUAAGGACGGGGCCACUCACACCAUCCUUAUACCGGGAGGAAGGUGAGACAUGCUGUGGCUGAGACACCAUCGGAAUGUACUCUCGGCAUUAUGCCGACAGGAGGACGAGACGUUGCUGAGAGCACUCCGGAGGGUUCUCAGCCACUGUGUGCCUUCCUCGGGCCGUCCUCUCAGCAUAAGAAUGGGGCCGCUCACAGUGUUCUUAUACCGGGAGGAGGGCACUUUUUGGAUGUCCUCUCGGCAUUAUGCCGGGAGGAGGGAGAGACAGGCAACUGCCGAGAGCACUCUGGAGCUCUUAGCAACUGUGUGCCUUCCUCAGGCCAUCCUUUCGGCAUAAGGACAGGGCCACUCACACUGGGAAGAGAGCGAGACAUGCUGUGGCUGAGAUAUCUUCAGGAUAUCCUCUGAACAUUAUGCAGGGAGGACAGUGAGACAUGAGACAGCCGAGAGCACUCUGGAGGGCUCUUAGCCGUUGUGUGCCAUCCUCCCGGCAUAAAGAUGGGACUACUCACACCAUCCUUAUAUGAGGAGGAAGGUGAGACAUGCUGUGGCUGAGAAAUCUUCGGUAUGUCCUCUGAACAUUAUGCAGGGAGGACGGUGAGACAUGAGACAGCCGAGAGCGAUCUGGAGGGCUCUCAGCAGCUGCAUGCCUUCCUUGGCCAUCCUCCCAUCCUUCCUUCAUGCCUUUUCUUUCCUUUUUUUUCUUCCUUCCCCUACUUUCCUUUUCUUGGACGACGGGGGUGGGCUUUCAACUCCAAAACUUCAAGGAAUCCUUAGGGAGUUAAGGACGGAAAUACCGGGAAAGGAUAUUUCUCUGCUCGUCGUUCCUUUGAGCCCCAGAAAAGCCCUUCUUUGAAAGUCAGGACGGAUGCUUCCGAAGAGCUUCUUUAUAGAGAAAUAUAUAUAUUUUUAUACAAAGGGAUAUAGAUAUAUAUAUAUGUAGAAAGCUGAUGUGUUUGAACCCUAUUACUAAGGGAAAGAAGGGGCUUAAAAGGCUCACUCUGUUGGGUCUUCAAUCCAUGAGAACCGGGAGAAAGAAGGGAAGAAAGAAAGGCAGAAUCCUCUAUUUGGGCGAUUUCCCAGUCGUGGGAUUGAAAUACGUCGCGGGCCCCAUAACCCAAAAGAAAACAUUGCUAAUACUGUUGUGUUUUUUUUUUCUUCUUUUAAGACAAAAAAGAGGUUGAAGUUUGUGCUCCGAAAAGAAAGGCAGGCGAGACAGAGGCUGUUGUGAGUUUAGUUACUGCUUUAAAGAAACAAAACAAAAACAAGGUAACGGCGCCCGUGUUUCCUCGAAGCCAUAGCAGUUAGGGGCUUUUAUAUUUAAAAAAAAAAAGGGAGGGAGGAAAAAAAACAACCCAAAAAUUAAACAAAAAAAAAACUUGAAAAUGA